AUGAAGAGUGGAAGCAUGAGAUCGGGUUCCAAGAAGAAGGUAUCAUGCAGAAGGCUCGGAGGGUACCUUAGAGAGCAGAAAGGAAGGCUAUAUAUUAUCAGAAGAUGCGUCGUCAUGCUUCUCUGCUGGCAUGACUGAUGAUGAUGAUGAUGAUGCUCUUUAACUUCAAUUAUCAGAAUCACCAAGGCAUCAUCAUGUUCUUUAAUUUUCUUUUAGGGCUUUUUCAUUCUGUUUCUUUAUGAAUUAUUACCUAAUAUGUGAAUAGCAGAUCAAAAGGCAAUGUUUAUUAGGGUUGAUUAUU